GUUCACGUCUAUGACUCGUAGUACUUAGUACUUAGUUUUGCUAGGGUCCCUACCAGCCUCUAGUAUACUCUCGAAGAAUGAAAAUAACGAUCUCUUGCGCAUACAAGAAAAUGAAGGUAAACCGUUAAGGGAACUGACUAUGUUUCCAGAGGAAGAAAACCCUCGCGAGGAUCUUUGCCGGUUUUCGUCACAUUCAAUUCCUGAGCCUCGCUAACGACAAUAUCAUUUAGCAUAUCUGUUGGGUGUAUCAUGUCGGCAAAGGAGUUCAGAUCUGUGGUGAGACUCAUCCUAUUUAGGUCGGAUACAAUUACGCUGGCUUAGAUACCCAUACUGUAGUUGGCAGAUCACGAAUGUGAUAAGUUCAAGGUUACCCAUCGCCCGUUCACGACAAUGCCCGAGCCAUCACGCCAUUAUCUUCCGAGAGGAGACGGAACAGUCCCUCACUUGCAGAAUACUUACCCUCAACUCAGCUUUUUACAGCUAGAGAUCUGGUGUGCCAACAUCCCCUUCUUUUAUCUUUCGGCACUUCGGGGAAAUCUGUAUUCGGCCCGUGUUCGAAUGGCUCAUGCGAAUGGGUGAUAUCCUGCUAGUUAGACGAGAUUGAAAGAACGACCUGUGGACUCCGAAGGGGAAAUUCCCCACUACAGACAAAGUUGAAUUUUGGCCAUGUCAACCGACCUUGCUGCAAGCGGAGUUCAAAUCCCGUCUCUCCUCCGCCUUGUAUCACCUCAUCUAGCCGUCGCAACGUUGAACUCUUAACCUCGCAAAAAUUCUUACACCCCAAGUCUCUCCUCCUUCUCCCUCCUCUUUCUCCCUCGCUGUCACAUUCUGUCGCGUCCGAAUGCAGUCCUUCGUUUCCCGCCUGCCGCAGGAAUUAAUAGACAUGAUCAUCGACGAGUUAGAUUACGACCGCGACGCUCUGAGGGCCAUGGCGCUUACCUCGUCCAAACUCGUCGAUCGCUCGAGGACACACCUUCACCACCACAUCCGUGUUCCAUUCAAAAGUCCCCGGGCAGUAACACGGCUCGAAGCUGCCUUUAUGGGCUUUAUGCCCUACAUCAGGAUUUUUAACCUCGAGUACCAUCAAAAAAAUGCCCACUGCAUUCGUUCAGCGCGGCGGAUCAUGCACAACCUUCGCCACCUUGAAGUCGUCGUUCUCAACCUCAAUAUGUACGAAUAUGACCCAGAGCUCUUUCGAGAUUUCUUCCCCAGGGACGGGAAUAUUCGUACGCUCCACCUGUUUGACAUUACAUUCAAGACUUUCCACGAUUUCGCCCACCUUCUCGCGCACUUCCCCCAGUUGCGCGAAUUGCAUAUGUACAAUGUCACCGGCACAUUUUCAUCUGACGAGAGCGUGGCUUGCGUCACAGAGGAUCCACCAUCGUUGCUGGAGGCGAUCUACGCUGAUGAACAUUACUUUGCAGAUAUCAUGUCCGACUGGUUUGCAUUCUGUUCGACGGAGGUUCGUAUUACACGGCUCAAAAUCUUCUAUCCUGUUACUCUGGAUGGGGCCCCACUCUUCAGGCUGAUGCGAAAACUAAGCCCAACUCUUACUCACCUGGACCUAAACCUAUUCCCUUCUGGGUCGCGUCUAACAUCCUCGAGUGAUGAUAUAGCCGUAAUGCACGCCUCGUUCAAUGGUCCAUUACUCGCUCAUAUGUCAAACUUGCAAAGCCUUACUUUCGGGAGAAUACCGUUAUGUUAUCCCGCUUCGGAGACACCUUCGGAAUUCUCUCCGCCCGAAUGGAUCCUCAACAUCCUGAAAUAUGUCGACACGUCGAGCUUGCGUCAAAUAAACUUCAACUGCAGCAUAUCGAGACUGGAAGACAUAAAGUCAUUCCCGUUCAACGAGGUCCUCUCGAUCUUAUCCGCGCGUUCUUUCCCUCUUUUGAACGCCAUAUCAUUCUCUAUCAAUGAUCGCCGCAUGUUUUAUACAGACCUCGUCGCCGACGUCACUCGCAUCAUCUACAAGCGACUUCCAGAACUUGCAAGUCGAAAUCUUCUGCAGGUUGACAUAUCUGCAGAAUUUACAUGGGCAGAAGCGAGCCUACAUAGUUUGAUGCUCCGUAGGGUGAUGGCGCGCCUUGAUCGCUCUCCUUAAUGUAUUUAUUCUCGACAUUCUUUCGCGACAGGCAAGGAACAAAAGAUGUUGUGUUAUCUCCCGCACAUUGACAAGCAUAUUUGUGCCUCUCUUUAUUUACGCGAGCAGAUAAAGGACAUUAAGCAAUUGAAGUUUAUACUUCAAUUAUAGCAGUAUCAACAUAAUAUAUUGACUGUUUG